AUGAUGCCUUCCUUUGUCAAAUUGAAGCUUCGGCGAGAUUCUCUUCAAGCUCCCCUCAUUGCUAUUGUAGCAUUACUAUCUGCAUGGUUCAUCGCCCUCAUCAUCCUCCCACAAUGCAAACCCGCCAUUGCCUCAGCCCGCCAAAACCUCCCUUCCAUCGCCAUCGACUGGUCCCCCAACAAUGAUCCUCGAAAGAACUACAACGCCUCCAAGGUAGCGCUCAUUAUCGAACCCGAGCCCCUACCGCUUCUCGUCCCUCUCAUCCUCCACAUGAUCGGUGUUGUGCCGCCAGACUGGCGAUUCAUCUUUGUCGGAUCCAAAAAAAGCGUGUGGACUGUCGGUCGAGCGUUUGGAAUACAGGUUCAGCAGGGUUUAGGCAAGAUUGAGAUGAUGCAGCUGCCGCAGCCAUGGAAGAUUAGAUCGAGGGAGGAUAGAAGUCGUCUUCUUACUGAUACGAGAUUCUAUGACGAAUUCCUACCUGGGGUUGAGUGGCUCUUAAUGUUCAGCUCGGACAGUAUUUUAUGUGCCAACUCGGAGUUGAGCCUAAAUGACUGGCUGGAUUAUACUUGGGCUGGUGCUACAGACAACAGAGAAAACAAGAACCUCGCAGUCUACGGCGACCUCUCUCUCCGUCGCGUCUCAGCCAUCAAGCAGAUCCUAAGCUUCCAAUCACGAUACAACGACAGCGCAACUGAUGACUCAUGGUUCGGCCCACGCCUCGAAGUCCUCCCAGAUGCAAAGCUAGCCAUGACCUCAGAUCGACCGUUCGCUGUUCAGAACAAUAUCACCUUGCAACCGAUGGGGUACAACCUUCGAGCCCAUGGGGAUCAGGUCGACAAAGAGGUCUGGAAGUUCCCUGAAGCUAGGAAAGAGGCUUUGAAGUAUUGCCCGGAGAUACAUAUUAUUCUUAGCAUGAAGCUUGAGAAGGAGAGAUGUCCUGGGGAUAAUCGCAUGGGUCAGAUUGUGGCGUCGACGACUACGGCCGAAGCCGCUUCAACUACUUCAUAG